GGAGCUGUCGAAGCACUUUGGUCCCCAGGGCGGAGAACAGGAGGGCAUCCAGCCCGGCAGGCCGCCGGUCACCGGGAGAGGCUAGACAGGCGGAAAACGGGAGCCUGCCACAGUGGGAGCCCCAGCAGGAUCCAGGGAGCGAGCUAGCCUAGGGCAGGACCUUCUCCGCUGCAACGCCAGGGCUGUGCACCUGGUGCUGACGGUGAGCGGCCAGCCCCAGGUGACUCCUGUCCGUCCGUCCGUCCGUCGGUCCCUUCCCGGGGCCUCAGUCUGUGCGCCCCCUGUCCCAGUCCCAGCCCCAGCCCUGCGGUUAGUGCUUAAGUCCGUCACUUCCAGCCCCCGGCGCCUGGCCUAGACUGCAGCAGACCAGGUUCUCUCCCUGAGGAAGGGGGUCCCCAGGGUGGCCCCGAGCCCACCUACUUCCCAAGAUCUGGGACCAGGUACCCCAGUACGCCCGGGAUUCUGCCCUCAGGGGCCAAGCAGGGGGUCUCCAGAGCUGAGUCAGGGCACAAAGGUGGUCAGAAGCUCUCAGCCCUCAGCGGCAGUGUGGGCUGAAUUUUCUGAACCCUCUACCCUGAGACUUCCAGUCAGGCUUGGAGCUUGGCCCAAGUUGCUGAACAAUGAAGAAGAAGCUUGUGGUGGGGCUGGUCCUCCUGGUCAUUGCUGUUAUCACUGUGGCCCUGAUCCUGGGGCUCAGCCUGCACCCUUGGGGCAGCCAAGAGUCUUCCCACAUCUACAGGGGAGCCGUUGUGGCAGCCGAUGCUGAGAAGUGCUCUGAGAUUGGGAGGGAUGCGCUGCAGGAAGGCGGCUCGGCGGUGGAUGGGGCCAUUGCAGCUCUCCUCUGCGUGGGGCUCAUGAAUGCACACAGCAUGGGCAUUGGCGGGGGUCUCUUCUUCACCAUUUACAACAGCAGCACCGGAAAAGCCGAAAUCAUCAACGCCAGAGAGGUGGCCCCAAGACUCGCAUUUGCCAACAUGUUUAAUACCUCAGAGCAGUCCCAGAGCGGAGGCCUGUCCGUGGCUGUCCCCGGGGAGAUCCGUGGCUAUGAGCUGGCCCACCAGCGGCAUGGAAAGCUGCCUUGGUCCCGCCUGUUCCAGCCCAGCAUCCAGCUGGCCCGCUAUGGCUUCCCGGUGGGCAAGGGCCUGGCUAACGCCCUGAUCAACAGGCGGGAGACCAUUGAGAGCCUCCCUGAUCUCUGCAGAGUGUUUUGUCGGGAUGGGAAGAUACUGCAACAAGGCGAGAUCGUGAAGAUGCCCCAGCUGGCGAUGACCUAUGAGACGCUGGCCUGGGAGGGGGCGGACGCCUUCUACAAUGGGAGUCUGGCCCAACAGAUUGUCCGAGAUGUGCAGGCAGCAGGCGGGAUCCUGAGUCUGGAGGACCUGAACAGCUACCGGGCUGAGGUGAUCGAGAACCCCCUGAACUUCAGCCUGGGUGACUACAUUGUCUACACGCCCAGUGCACCCCUGAGUGGCCCUGUGCUUAGCCUCAUCCUGAAUAUCCUCAAGGGGUACAACUUCUCAGAGGCAAGUGUGAGCACGCUGGAGCAGAAGGGCCUGACCUACCACCGCAUUGUGGAAGCUUUCCGCUUUGCCUAUGCCAAGAGGACGCUCCUGGGGGACCCCAAGUUUGUGAAUGUGUCUGGGGUGAUCCAGAACAUGACCUCCGAGUACUUUGCCAACCAGCUCCGGGCUCGGAUCACAGACAACCAGACACAUGAGACUGAGUAUUAUGAGCCGGAGUACUUCACACCCAGUGAUGGGGGCACGUCUCACCUGUCCGUGGUGGCCGAGGAUGGCUCUGCUGUGUCUGCUACCAGCACCAUCAAUCUCUACUUUGGCUCCAAGAUUCUGUCCCAGAGCAGUGGCAUUGUGUUCAAUGAUGAGAUGGACGACUUCAGCUCCCCCAACAUCAUCAACCAGUUUGGGCUCCCCCCAUCCCCAGCCAACUUCAUCACACCAGGCAAACAGCCUCUUUCUUCCAUGUGCCCCACGAUCGUGGUGGACAAGCACAAGAAGACCAGGAUGGUGGUUGGCGCAUCCGGGGGCACCCAGAUCACCACAGCCACAGCCUUGGCCAUCAUCAGCCACCUUUGGUUCGGCUACGACGUGAAGAGAGCUGUGGAAGAGCCUCGGCUUCACAACCAGCUUCUUCCCAACACCACGACCCUGGAGGAGCAGUUAGAAAAGGCUGUGGGGCCUGAGCUCAGGGCCCGGAAUCACAAUACCCAGACCACCAAGGACUUCAUUGCUGUGGUUCAGGCAAUCGUGAGCACCCCCGACGGUUGGGCGGCUGCCUCAGACUCCCGCAAGGGGGGUGUGCCUGCUGGUUACUGACUGAGCUAGGCCUAGGGGCAGCCGCUGGGCUGGGCAGGGGCCCUAGAACUCGUGGACUCUGAGGACUCAUCACAGGGAUGAGGGGCAGGGCAGGGCAGGGUCUCCCUGGUUCUGUUUCUGCCACAAGCUGCUGAUUCAGGCAAUAAAUGAGUUGGACCCAUCUUCCA